AUAUUUUUUCUCAUUCGGUAUUAAACAUUAGCGCUGUGAAAAUAUAUUCUUUUGGUGGAAACAGACAUUAUGGAUUUAACAAACUUACACCAUCACAAUGAUUUUUUAAUGUUUUGUAACCAUUUUUCUCAAGAUUGAGAACGUUAGCCUGAAGAGUUUCCUGAAUGAGUAUCCAAGCAGCUCUUUUUAAUUUGGAUCGCAAAUUUUUAUUUGGAUAUAAAAAUAAUAAAAAAGAAGCAGUUUAUCAGUGUUAAUAUCGUAUCUCAAAGUAAUGAUGACAGGCGAAAGCGUAUCAAGCAAUAUACUUUAUCCAGAACCUUCCAAUCAGCCUUCAAUUGGAGUUGUAAACAAGAAAUUGAAAACUGCAGGUAUACGGAAGGAUUUAACAACUGUGGAUCUCCAACAAUGUUCAGUUAACCUGCCGAGGAGAAAAUAUUUUGACGAUCAACUUUCCAUUGUUCCAGAAAAUAAUUUCAAUCUGGAAGAAGUGGAGCAUGAACUUCAAAAAGGCGGAAAAAAUUUAAUUAGAAAAGUAACAGUACCGAAGUAUCAAACCUCAACCAAUCACAAUGAAACUUUUUGUCGCUGCAAAAGCGCUGAAUCAAUUUCACGCAGGCGAACCGCGAAAAAUGUGAUUGAAGAAGAAAACGCUGUCACGGAAUUACAAAGAGAUCAAACAUUUUGGGAAGAAAUAAAACCCACAAGAGACACACCACAGAUUACCAAAUCAAAGAAUAUAAACUAUCAGGAUAUAUUCACACCUUAUGGCACUAAAAAACAACCAAUGAAAAUAUUCUCGAAGCGAAGACGUGCAACAGCUCCAUGUGUUACAACUUUGUCAACACCAGAAAUUUACGUACAAACUGAUGAGGAUAUUCAAUACAGACUUAUUCCAAUGGAGAAAACGUUUUUAAGUAGUUUGCCUUGCUCACCUGGACCAAAGCGUAGGUCAUCACUGAGACCAAGUAGUGCGUUCGCAGUUAACAAUCAAACUAAAAUAUUAGAUCGAAGACAGAGUUCACCUUCAAAUAUAUAUAAUAACAGACCAACAAAGCUGACAUAUGAAGAAUGGUUGACUUUGAAAGAUAGGGAGCAAAGAAGACAAUCAAUUGAUGCUCUUCGGGUGUUUAAACUCGAACAAAUCGAUGAACAGUACAAGUCACUCGAACGCUUAAGCCACGGAAAAACAUACGAUGAAUGGAAGGAAGAAAAGGAGAAGUAUUAUAGAGAAAAACAAAAAGAAGAAAAACGAAAGGAAAAUCAAUUAAAGAAAUCAAAAUCAGAAGAUGACAAGCAACACGAGAAAUUAACUGAACGCAAGUACAACGAAUGGCUGAAAAAGAAGUAUGAAGAAGAAGUUUCCGCAGAGUUAGCUUUAAUGCAAAAACUACGUUUGAAUAGCAAAGAAGACAGUUUUGUCAGUAAGAGAGGGAGAAAUAAAUUCCAAAGAGCGCAAAGUAUACUCUGAGAAAAA